UUGUUGCGUUUGGCUUGAGCUUUGGCUUUUUACUUGGACUUCAAGCCCAUGCUCUCAUAAACGUGGGAUGCCCUGCAUGGCUCGCCUGGAUAGUAUCUUUUAUAUUUUGUUUACUUGAGGCACUCCUAUUUACACUUAUCUUUUACCUUAUUGCCACUCCAAUAUGGCAAGAUGCCCUAUUUGAUGAUGUUUUAAGAUUAAAAGGGCUUGGUCACAUAUUAGAAAGGCAUAGAAACAUAUCCGAAACUACACUUUGUUGUCGAGGCGUAUGUUCUGGCCUUACAAUAACUUGUUUUCAAAUAUAUGCAGUGAUAUUAUUACAAAUAUUGACACUUCUUCUUACAAUGCCACUAAAUGCAUUACCAAUAGUCGGAACUAUACUGUACUGUUAUGUUAAUGGUUGGAUAAUGACAUGGGGUCAUCAACUGCACUAUCAUCUAGAAAUAAAAGAGUUCAACGUAAAACAGUCAAUCCGUUUCGCUUUGAAAUAUCAUGAUGAUUACGUAAUGUUUGGAAUGGUUGCUGUUGCUUUAGAAUUGGUUCCUCUUGCUAAUUUUGUUUUUUUCUGGACAAAUGUUGUUGGAGCUGCUCUGUGGACUGCUGAUGUUAUCAUUGAAGAACAGAGAGGUGCUUCAAGAAGGUUAGUUAAUUCACAUGGUUUAAUCACGAAUGCGGGUGGAGCUGGAAUACCUCAUUACGCUGCCCAGAGAAUGAAUAAUGAUUCUUAUGGUGCAACUUUUGUUUAG